AUGGCCUCUAUCCCAAUGUUCGGCAACGCUCUCCACUCGCGUCACAUUCGUUCAGCGUACCAACGUCGCCGUGAUGACCAGAACAAAGAACCUCAGGGCGUUCUUCAACGUUCUCGUUCAUCGCAAGCUCGUCUCGAAAACCUGGAUCACAACAAAGAACAUCGCGAACACAAACAUCAUCAUCACCACAAACAACCGCACCAUGAGCAACAUGAACAUCACGUUCAGCCAAUCAGACAUCAGCUCUUCACAAACCCGCAUAUUCCACUUCAACAGUACGAACAUGCCAAGGUUCAUGAGAAGCCCAUCUUCGCUUUGUCAUUGGAAGCCGAGCGUAUGGCCUUGAGCCAGUUGGCCAUGCCAUCGGCUCCACGUCGCGACCGUCGAGCUUUGAGUGCUCCGGAAUUGGGAGAUGACAGUAGUCAGAAGCCAGUAGAAAGUCAGGCCCAGCCCAACGGCUGGAAAUGGGAUGUCGGAGGCACGUUCAGACCGUUUGACAUCAGCUCUUCUUGUAAGUUGGCCUUUGAUACGAUCAGUAAUGUUAUCUUAAGUACAACCUGUUCUUUUAAAUAACAUUAAAUUUGCAGUAGAAGACUUUAAAAACUUACUUUACUUCUUUUCAGGUAUCCGCAAAGGCAUUGUCGACGCAAUUCAAACUUUUGCCAACGCUCCGACCGCUUGA